AUGUCUAUACGUCCUUCCUUUAAGAACAUUUCGAAUACCUCAUUUGAAGAAUUAGAAUCAUCGUUAGUAUCAAAUAAACAAAAGCACAAUAGAGAUGUUUACACUAUUAAUAAUGAUAAUAAAAGUUUGUGGUCAAAUAAUAACCAACUAACUUACCAACAAUAUCAUCCAGCUUCACGCCUUAACAAUUCUAUUACUAAUAUGAAUAAUGGUAUAAAAAACAAUAACAGUCAAGCUCCCUUAUCUCCCAUUUCAUCAUCAUCAAGUACAAUGCUUUCUUUAACCAGGAGAAAAAGAGAAUUAGCCACUGGAGUAUCACCUUUUACAGAAAGUGACCAUAGUAUUAGUAUUAUUCAAGAAGAAAGAGAAAAAGAGAAGGAAAAAGAAAAAGAAAAAGAUAUAAAAGAGAAUGAAAGGGAUGCACAUCUGGAUACUUCUUUUAUAGAUGGCUUUGAACUUACCGAAAAAGAUAGAUUUUUUAUGAAAAAUACAGGCGGCAAGUAUUCUUUUUUGGAUGGGAACUUUGUGGCUGCUUGUCCAGAGACUUCAAGAAAAAAGGUUCGUGAAAUUUCAAAUACUAAUAAUUAUAUUGAAGAACAAAAACGCCAACAAUUGGUCAAUUUCGAUAAUCAUUUAAAUCAAAUACAAGAAUCAUUUGAGGAUGGUUUUAACUUAGUGGAAGAAGAAACCGAGCCUAGACAAGAAGAUACGACAAAUAUUCUAAGCGAUAACUUAUUUUUAACACAACCAAAGCCACUUUCAUCUCUAACUUCACAAAUACCACGUUCAUCAUCGUAUGAUAAAUAUCUAACUUUAAGGAAAAAUAAUAUAUCGUCAAAUCUAAAUCCAAAGGAAAACAAGAUAGUAGAACAAAACAUGAAUCCAAAGUCAAAUAUCAAUCGAAAUAAAUUAACCAAGUUUAAAUCAAUGUCUAAUUUGGGACUGAAAACAAAAACAGCAAAUAACAACAAUUAUUUUAUUUUUCACAACUUAAAAGGGAAAAUAAAACAAAAUGAGGAAAUGUUAAAGGCUAACAAUAAACCAAUACCUAACGAAAACAUCAGAAAACUGAAAAAUAAAAACUCUGUACCAAUUUUAAGGAAAAGUUAUAGUAGUAGAUUAAUAAGAGACUAUUUAGCAGACAAAAACGAUAACUAUCAUAAUAUAUAUGAUGCUAGCUUUAGUGAUGGAUUUGAUAACAAUGCAGAGGCACAAAUGGCAAGUAGUAUUGCCCCUCAAUAUAUAAUAUCAUCUUCACCAACUAAGACUUCUGCUAUAAACUACUUUAACAAUUCAGCUGAAGAUACAAAGAAAGGCACGGCACUUGGUUUUUUAAAAUUGAACUCAGAGGAUAAUGAAAGUUAUGUAGUUACAGACCAUCCCUCACUACUAACUCCACAAUUGAGACCUAGAAAAUAUAAUAAUGACAUGAUGGACAAAAAGAGUGUAUUGAAAGCUUUUAGAGAACCAUAUCCUUCACAAGAAGAGAAACUAAUAAAGAGGCGAAAUCCUGGAAGACUACAAACAAUAAAACAAGAAAUAGAUAGUCACACACCUUUAACAAAGGGCAAAAUGCAUUAUAAUCCGAAAAAACUUAGAUGGGAGGGUAACGUCGAAGCUGUAAAUAAUUUUCCGGAAUAUUCCAAGCCGUUACUAAUAUCGAAAAACCCUGAUUUCCAAUUAAAGAAAAGACUUGCAAUGAAUUCAACUGGAACUGGUACCGGAAUAGGUAGUGGUGGUUUGGAAUCAAGAAAAAAAGUUGGCAGUAUGAUAUUUGAUAGUGAUAAUUUAAGAUGGGUUAGUGCUAAUGGGGAAGAAAGCGAGGAAAAUCCGUUUAAAAAUAUUGACGCUUAUGCGUUGCCUUCAGGAAUAAUACAGUCAUCAACGCUCCAGAAAAAAAGGCAUGAAAAAUCAACUAUUUACCCGAUUGGCAACGACAAGAGUCGAAGAUGUUAUAGUAAUAUUGGACUGGCUAAUACUGAUAAACAUGCUUCUACAACUGAUGAUUUACUUUUUACGAUAAAUUCGAAAAAACUAGAGUUAUUUUAUCAUGAGGAAAACAUAUGGUCUGAUUCUUUGAAGUGUUGGGUCAAUAACGAUGAUGCUCUUAGUUUUGCUGUUUCUAGAGAACAGGCAUACGAGAUAAGAAAAAUGGUGUUGAGUUCCACAAAAUCUAAAUGA